AUGAGCAAUUCUUCUUCAUCGCCGGCGAUUCCCGAGCUCCGGCGAUCUUCGUCCGAGGCCACAGAGCGCGGUCGAGGGUGUUUCCCAGUCCGCAGUGUUGGUUCUGCUCCGCCGCAAUCCAGCUCGAGGGUGUUUCCCAGAUUUGGAUCUUCAUUAGUCACCGGAGGACGAGGGCGGUUCCCAGUAGCUCCGGAUUUCCUUUCAUCACCAUUUCAUCAGCUGCAUUUGACUGGAUCUGAUCAGCCAAUCAAGUGUGCACAAUUCCAGAUCCAGCCUCUGUUUUCUCGUGCGUUGAGGAUUCCAGCCGGUUGUGAGCCCGAAGGAUGUUUUCCGGAGGCUAUGAACAUUCAUCUGGAUGAGUACGGCAAGGUGUUCAAGACUCACCUCUUAGGAAGGCCAUUGAUCAUGUCCACCGACCCUGAAAUCAACAGUGCAGUGAUGCAGAAUGGGAAAGCGUUUGCUCCCUUCUACCCCAAGUCCAUUAUCGAGCUGUCGGGCAAGUAUUCCAUCCUCAAAAUGGAUGCCAACCUCCACAAGCGAUUCCAUGGCCUCAUCUCCAAGUUCCUCAAGUCCGAAGAGUCACUGCAAUUCAUCACUAGAAACGUCGCCAGCUCUGUCAACCUCGCCGUCCAUGCAUGGGAAGAGAAGCACAGAAUCUACGUCCAAGAUGAAACAUAUCAGAUAGCAUUUCCAAUGCUGGUUUGGAGCUUACUGGGAAUCGUAUCAGACAAAGAGAUGGAUCUUUUGAAGGAGGAGUUCACCGAAGUACUCAAAGGCAUCAUAUGUAUCCCUAUUAAGUUCCCUGGAACAAGGCUGUACAAGUCACUGAAGGCCAAGGAGAGAAUGAUGAUUCUGGUGAAAGAGAUCAUCAAACAGAAGGCUGAGAGGAAUGACGACCGAGCAAGGACAUGCGUGGCUGAUGUUUUGAUCAGUGAAUUCCAUGAGUCCAGUGACGAAACAACUGUUGAGAUGAUAAGCAACGUAAUCAUAGAGAUGAUGAUUCCAGGGCACCACUCGGUGCCCAUACUCAUGACGCUCGCACUCAAGUAUAUUAGUGAUUCACCUGCUGUUCGCAAGAGAUUACUGGAAGAGAAUCUGGAGCUAAAGAAGAGGAAAAGCCGAAUCGGUGAUGAUUACCAAUGGUCGGACUACCUGUCGCUGCCUUUCACUCAAAAUGUAAUUUACGAGACUCUUAGGAUGGCAAACAUUGUCAAUUCUAUUUGGAGAAAGUCCCUCGCGGAUACCGAGAUUAAAGGGUACUUAUUUCCUAAGGGAUGGUGCGUGGCUACGUCCUUCACCACCGUCCACUUUGAUGAAAGCAUUUAUGAAAAUCCGUUUGAGUUCAAUCCGUGGAGAUGGGAGGGCAAAGGAGGACUAAACCAAACCACGUUUACUCCGUUCGGAGGUGGGCAGAGGCUCUGUCCGGGAUACAUCAUUACCAGAUUGGAAGUAUCGAUUUUUCUCCACCAUUUCGUUACCAGUUUCAGCUGGGUUGCCGAGGAUGACAAAAUCAUCACUUUUCCCACGGUGAAGAUGAAGAACAGACUUCCAGUAAUACUCUCACCGAUUUCUGAUCCUCUUGGUGAUUAA